CGUGGGUCGUUUACAGUCUGUGACCGAACGCGGGUGUGAACGCGCGCAUUUUGUAAAUCGAAUACUCCUCGAUGUAUCGUUCGAAAAAUUUAAAUUCGAAUUAAAAAAAGAACAUUACAAUUACGCUAAAUUAUCUCUUUUUUUAAUAAAUUAUAAUGUUUAUAAAAACUAAAAAAAUGCCGGUUAGUGUGUGGUUUGUGCUCGUGUUAUUUUGUAUGCAAGAAGUUUUUGCAAUUGAUUGCACAAAAAGUAUAGAAGAUAUUAAAAAUUGCAAUGAGUGCGUCAGAUGCGGCGGUGUAUGGUGUAAUAAACCAAGAGUAAAAGGGGACUACCAAUGCUCGAUAGCUCCUGCCGACAACUGGUGCCCCGGUCAUAUGGAAGAAUUGCCCACUAUACCGGAGCUGACGGAAUCAGGGAAGCUCAUCAAUCCCGCCUACAAAGAAGCCUCAACAAAAAUCAAUAUUCACAAUAAUGUUGUUUUUCAAUAUACCGCGACAACUGAUUCAAAGGUGAAGGCAGCUGUCAUCAAUUCUACACAAAACAAUGUUAAAUUACACGAAACUAUUCCGAAUUGCGGAAAAGAUAGAAUUUGUACUACAGAGAUAGAGUUUACAGUUGAAACGGACUUUUGUUCUAUCAAUUCUGGUACUCAUGAGUAUUUUGAAGUGAAAAUUCAUGUGGAUAAUGCAACAGAAGAAGCUAUAAUAAAGUACCAUGUGCCGUGCGCUUGUGAAUGUAGCAAGAAAGUCGAGAGAACGUCUCCGAAUUGCAAUGGAAACGGAGAUUAUUCGUGUGGUGUCUGCAAAUGUCACGAUGGAUGGUCAGGCGAUUUCUGUGAAAAAGAAGAAUGCAAUGUCGCCCGUGGUGAUAUCCCGUGCAAGCAUCCAUUAAGGAGCGAGGAAUGUUCCGGCAACGGAAGGUGCGGUGUAUGCGGUUGCAUUUGCGAUACAAACAAAGAGGGCUACCAGUACUUUGACAAAGAGAACUAUUGCGCUGAUUUAUGUCUGAUCACAUACGAAUGCGAAACAUGCUUCGAUAAGCCGGCCGGCCGAUGCACCGACUGCACGAGCAUAGUCAUGAGGAACUACAACGAGUCCUUGAUGAGUCAAACUGAUGAUUUUGGUAGGAAUGUAUGGGUGAAAUGUGAGGAGACAAUAGACGGCUGUCACGUCCAGUACGCGGCUAGUAAAGAUGAACAUAAGGAUAUUCUUGUGAUGAGGAUAAAUUCGUGUGCGCCCGUAGCCGCUGGGGUCACACAAGGAGUUAAUGUAACAUUGCCUCUCGUAUUGGCGGGGGCGGCAGUGGUGUGCGUGGCCGCCGGAGUGGCCUAUAUGAUGCUGAAGAAUCGGCCUGCUCCCAUGCCAUCCACCAGCGCGCAGUACCAGGAACUGGACGGACCUAAGACAAGGAUCGAAGAGAACCCCACAUACAAGUCUCCCACUACUUCGUACAACAAUCCAAUGUGGAGAGAGAAGGUGUAGUUCCCGUGUUACCUUCUGGCUGAUUCAUCGAGAUGGACGAUUAUGGGGUCAAUAAAUGGUAUUCAAAAGACGAUAUGAGAAUUAUCGACCAUUUUGAAAAUCCACUUUAGUCCCCUUAUUGCGGUCCUGUUGACCGCUGCCCAUUCCAACACUGCCUGUGAUCCAACACCACGAUAUUAUGAUGAAGAAAUUGCACUCGUCCGGUGUUCGUGUCACAAACUAGAUUACGUUAUACAUAUAUAAUGUAGAGUGUAAAUGUGUAUGUAACGCUCUGUGAUAUAUAAGACGAUUAGGUAAGAGUGACUCAUCGCCCAAUGUACAAGUUAUAUUUGAUAUAAACAAUCUGUUCACGACAGUAUGUUGACAAACAGACAAUAUGUCUAUAUGUUCAUUUGAAUAGAUUACACGUGAUUCUGAUGUCAUAGUAUAAUAUCCAAAGUUACCAUUAUCAUAAAAAUGGAUGGUAGAAAAAACUGAUUGAUAAAUGAUUUGCAGUUAGAGUGAAAGCAUCUAGAAAGUAGAAUAGUUGUUAGUGAAUUAUAUGGAUGUGUGGGUGUCACAGUAUGCAGCCGUGGGCACAAUAAUUCUGAGAGAUGGAGACCAACGGCACGUGAAUAACGGGUUUUUUUCCAACUCGAAGACAUAAUUUACUUAGGCAGAGCUAAGCGGAAUAUAAUUAAUAGAAUAACAAUGAUACGUUUUGGUUCCAUGUUUGUUUUUCAUGAGUAUAUUUAUAACUUGACAGUAGGUAUGAGCAUAGUGAGUCUUUGUAUUCGUUUUACAAUUGUCGCAACAAUUUAUGAUAGCAUUUUUUUUUUAUUAUUUUGCCAUAUCAGCAAACAAGUUCCUAUGAAAGAUAAAUUAUGAGAAAUUAUUUGUUUACGUUUUAGUAGAUAUUUUUUAGACAUAAUUGGUAAUAUUUUUCAUAAUAUAUAAUAAUAACUAUAGAAAUUUGUUUUUGCUUUUUGGCAUUGGUGCACCAAAGUUGACAGUAUUUAAUCAAAAAGUAUUACAAAAUAUGAAAAUAAAAAAUAGAACAUCAAUCGAUAUUUGAAAACAUUUUAGGUACAAAGGUACUACUCAUAUUUAAAGACUUGUAGCAAAUGCAUUUUUUUAUUUCAUUAAUCUAUAGAUAAUAAUCAGGUAUACACAUACUUAUACCUAUUUAUCUAUAGGUACUUACUGAAUUAUUAUAUUUAGAUACCCCAUAAUGUAUUAUAUGACUAGAGAAGUAACAUUUAGUUAAAGAAUAGUUAUAUAGAACUGUUUAGUAUAAUUUUAAUUUCUUGUAUAUAUUUGUGUAUGUAGGCAUUAACCAUAUAGAUACCUAAUAUGUUUCAGAAUAAUUUGUGAAAAUAUUUGUACUUAUUUUAUUUUAUAAUUAAUGAUAAUUUGCAAUCAAAAUUACCGUGAACGAUUUACUUACUGGUUAAAUAAAACUAGUGAUGCAACGAACAGGUAUUUACCUACCUAUCCACUAAAAAUAGAAUAUAAAAUAAAGGUUUAAAAAAAUAAAAGAUUCCAAGAAGUUGAAGGUUGCCCAGUAAUGUAAUAAUAAAAAUUUAUCAUUUUUCUUUUUUUCUUUUUAUUAUACAUAAUAACCUUUGACACCGAGAAUUUCUGUUAACCGAGGAGUUCCUUUGGUAAUAUUUUAUUUGUGUAUAAUAUGAGCAUACUAUAAAAAGUAACUUUCCUGAUUAUUUCAAUUUUUUUCAAUAUCUUCACCAAACUGGUUGUUUUUACGAAAACUUCAAAAAAAAAAGAAAAUAUUUAUCAAAUACAAAUAUUUGUGUUGUACCUAUUCGUUGAAUCGCUAAAUAAUACUACUAAUAUAAACAACGGAUUAAAAAGAAUAAAAAUGAUCAAUGUUGAUUAAUAAGUAGUUUGACACGGUGACAAGAUGAGAAAAGACGAAAAAAUUCAAACAUGCAUUACUAAAAUGGUGUAAGAAAAUGGUACACCAUUUUAAUAAGCAUGGGAAUCCCAAGUUAUUCUUUUUUUUAUCGUGAUUCUUUCUAUAUUUCUUGUAUUUUUAAAAAGGCGCUUUUAACAUCAAUUUUGUCUAAAUCCUGGGUACUAUUGUAAAUAUUAUAUGAAGUACCCGUCUAUAGGGAGAUAAGAAUAUAUUACCUAAUAACUAAUUGUAUAUAAUGUUACUAAUGAAACUAGAUACGUAUAAUUAAGUAUUAUUAUUUUACUAUAUUAAUCGAUGGAACAAUAAAGAAAUCAAAAUUUAUAUUUACCAGUAUAUUCGAGGAUGCAUAUUCAUUACUGAUUGGUUAAAAUUUAAAAUAUCUUUCAAGAACACCCUCAGUUCUGCAUUCAUAUUCAUUAGGCAAGGAAUUUUACUGCGCGUGGGCAAGUGUGUGCAAAUACACUUUUGGGUGGUCCCAACUUUUUUAUAUGUAGAUACCUAAUUCAUUGUUUCAAGUUAUUACAGAAAUAAUUAACACAAGAAAAGUUUAUAUCAAUGUGAAUUUAUUUGUAAUAAUUAUGUUCUUGACGUAUUAUUUUUUUUUUUUUAUAUAAUGUGCUUAUUUUUAUUUGUCUGGGACAAUUUUAUUUUGUAUAUAAAUAUAAAUAAUCAUACAUCACAUACUUAGUAAUUUAUGUCGUGUAUCUCAUUCAUUUUAAUAUCCCUAUCAUGUAUCUAAUUAAUUUAUAUUAAAUUCUAAAAUAGAAAAAGGUAUAGAUUAAGUUAUGCUUUUCUAUAUUUGUUGUCUAUGAUAAUAUUAACAAGCAUAAAAAACGAUCAGUAAGUAUUAAUAGUAAUCAUUUCUAUUUUUGUAAAUUUAUAUCAUCUGUGUAAUUUUAAGCUAGUCAAUAAAACAUCGAAAAUCA